ACUAAAUGAACGACAUAAUUAAUAGACACAGUAAAUCGGGGGAACAUCGCACUACGGCAUCUACCCGAUACUACCGGUCGUAAACUCGAACUGUUCUGAAGGCCGUUUGAAAUAUGUGGUUUAUGUACAUACUGAGUUGGAUAGCUCUUUUAAUACAGAUAUGCGUAAUUACUCUGUCCGUGGCGGCUGGGUUAUUUUAUCUGGCAGAACUAGUAGAAGAAUACACAGUACUGACCGCCAGACUUAUUAAAUGUAUGCUAAUUGGCACCACUGUGAUUUUCAUUGGUCUUCUCUUGUUUGAGGACUUGCCUCUAUCCAUGACUGUAGCAGGUUUAGUUGGAAACAUUGCCUACUUUUUUGUUCUACAAUACUUCCCGUACUUCGAGCUUUCUUCACCAUCAUUUCUGAUCUCCAUUGUAUUGGUAGUCAUCAAUCAUUAUUUUGCGUUUUCCUAUUUUUCCACUGUGUGGCACCCAUUCUCAGAUGUGUUGGCCUACUUCACCAUUUGCCUGUGGCUCGUCCCAUUUGCCUUCUUUAUUUCUUUGUCAGCCAAUGAGAAUGUGUUACCAACAACGAGCGGGACUCGUGUGAGCUCAUCAGAAGAAAGUGAUGUUGUCAGUAACUAUUUCAAAAAGAAAAGCAAGAAGUACGGCCUACUGUCCUUCUUUAAGUAUGCCCAGGAUAGCGUCCUGCCACAGAGAGUCCGAAAACAGUAUUGAACUGGUUGCCAUGGAUACUUACUACGCCACAAAUAAAAUCCCCUUUUUAACUCACCUGAGCUGAAAGCUCAAGUGAGCUUUUCUGAUUGCUAUUUGUCAGUCGCCUGUUUGUAAACUUUUUACAUUUUCGACUUCCUCUCCAGAACCACAGGUCCAAUUACACUAAACUUGGCCAAAAGCAUCCUUGGGUGAAGGGCUUUCAAGUUUGUUCAAAUGAAGGGCCAUGCUCUCUUCAAAGGGGAGAUAAUCACAAAAAUUCAAAAAUAAGGUGGUUCUAAAGAACCACUGACCCAGAAGAGCUAAAAUAUACAUGAAUGCUUCCUGACAUAGUGCAGAUUCAAGUUUGUAAAAAUUGUGACCCUCGGGCUAAGGAUGGGGCCACAAUAGGGGAUCAAAGUUUUAUUUAUAAACAUAUAGGGAAAAUCUUUAAAGCUCUUCUCAAGAACCACUGGGCUAGGAAAGUACAGAUUUACAUGAAAUUCCAUUACAUAGACUAAGCGCGGAUUCAAGUUUGUUAAAAUCAUGAUCCCUGGGGAUAGGAUGAUUCCACAAUAGGGAAUCAAAGUUUUGCAUGCGAAUAUAUAGGUAAAAUUUUGAAAAUCUUGAGAACAACUGGGCCAGGAAAGUAGAAAUUUACAUGAAAGGUUCCUGACAUAGUGCAAAUUCAAGUUUUUAAAAAUCAUGACCCUUGGGGGUAGGAUGGGGCCACAAUAGGGGAUCAAAAUUUUAUAUUCAAAUAUAUAGGGAAAAUCUUCUCAAGAACCACUGGGCUAAGAAAGUACAAAUUUACAUGAAAGGUUCCUGACAUAGUACAGAUUCAAGUUUGUUAAAAUCAUGGCCCCCGGGGUUAGGACAGGGCAACAAUAGGGGAUCAAAGUUUAACAUACAGAUAUAUAGAGAAAAAUCUUCUGAAGAAUCACUGGACCAGAAAAGUUUAUAUUUGCAUUAAAGGUUUUGACAUAGUGCAGUAUCAAAUUUGUGAAAAUCAUGUCCCCUGGGGGGUACGUUGGGGCUACAAUAGGGAUCAAAGUUUUACAUGCGAAUAUAUAGGGAAAAUCUUUCAAUAUGGGCUAAGGUGAUUCAGGUGAGCAAUGUGGCCCAUGGGCCUCUUGUUUUCUGUGGUUUUUAAUGUGUUUUACAAUGCGAUGGCUGUGUACAACACAUCCAAAAAAUAAAACUUACAAUUGCUUGGGAAAGUGCAAGUUCUCGCAUGUAAUGUGCCUAUACAUAUUUUGUUAAUGCUAGAGUGAAUGUGUGUUCAUUUUUAAGUGUCAGUAAAUUAUUUAAUGCAUGUUGAUUAUCCAUUUCAAAAGAUUUCCUGUAUGCAAUAAAGCUAUUGAACAAUUUU